UGGACGGUGGGACUCGCAGUUCGGACCGCACGACCGGUCACUCCGGCGACCUCAGUGACAUCGGGAGGUCUGUGGUGACUUGGUGACCUUCGUGAUUCUGGCGACAUCACCUAAGGAACCCGAGGACGUAGGCAGCUACAGCUGGUCAGGAGAAACUGAAGGCCAGGAGAACCCGUUGAUCUGAAGAACUCGGUGGUUCAGAGACCUAGGGUGACUUCGCGGUACAUCGUUAGCCUCGGGAUACAUAGGUGACCUUCGCGCCUCGACGACCUUGGCUGUCCAGGGCGACCUCAGAAUACCUAGGACCUGAAAGUCCGUUCAUCUGGCACACAGGAGAUCUCGUCGACCUUGAUAUCCCAGGUGAUUGAGACGCCUUGACGGCCCAGAAGAGCUCGUUGACCGAAGACGUCGGUGAGCUCAAUGUCUUUUAGGAGCGAGGACUGUGGCUCCAGUAUAGAAAGCCCAGCGGAAAAGGGGAUACCGAAGCGUAGAAUCUGAGGUUCUUAAUGAAAACAAGUAGCUGUGCGAGAUCGAUUCAGAAUAUUCCCAUCAGAAGUGACUACAAGAGAAGCACAUCCGGAGGAUCCAUUCCAAGAUCACAGCUCAUCCCAGUUAAGAUAAAGAUCCUAGCAGAAGCGCGAAAAGGAUCGCACAAACAAGUAAUUUAGCUUCGCAGCAGCAAACCUGAAGGGAAAGCAAACCUCGAAGACCUGGAUUCAUCACACCCGUGAUCUGACGCAACCAACACAGAACGCUUCGUUCUGUGGGCUUCAGCUCAGCCAUCUCUCACCAUAUCCAGAUCCACUAUAUAUUGAUCUAAUCCUUCAUCAUGGCGCAGCGACGGGCCUCACGUCUAUCCGAGCACUUUCCGACGGGCUGCGAGUUAGCCGUCCCGACAUCCCUCCCGAAACCGGCACCUUCCGGUGGCAUCCGCGCCCUUCUCCUGCGAUCCUCCGGCUACAGUCUCUACGUCUUGGCGCUGUUGGCGUUCACAAACUUGCUGAACCAGCUGGAUCGGUACAUGCUGGCUGUCGUGGCGAGGUCUUCGGCUCAGGAGAUCCACUUCGGCGACCAAGGGUGUCUGUUGAAUGAUACGGUCCCUUCUACCUUAGAGGAGACAGAUUGCUCAAACUGUACCGACAGAACGACAUGUCUAUCUUUGGUGGACGCUGGCGGCUCAGCAGGCUGCAAAUGGGACUACACCGGUACCGGAACUGAAUACGACCUGCUGGCUGGACCCAUCUUCGUGCUAGUGUUUACCAUAGCGGGAGUGCCACUGGGAAUAGCCGCUGAUCUGUACAACCGAAAGUUGCUACUCUGCGGCUGUCUGUUCGUCUGGUCCACCUGUGUGGUCCUGACGGGCCUGGCUGAGCAGUACUGGCAGCUGGCCGCGCUGAGGUUCGGAGUCGGGUUCGGCGAGGCCGGCUGCACGCCGUUCGCCACCUCGCUGCUGGCCGACUACUUCAGUCCCGAGCUGCGAGGCACAGCGCUCGGCGUCUACAACUGGGGCAUCUACUUCGGGUACUCGCUGUCGUACGCCGUUGGCGACUUCAUCACAGAGGCAGAUAUUAUGGGAAUGGGUUGGCGAUGGGCGUACUUCCUCUCUGGCAGUCCUGGGAUCUUGCUCAGCUUCCUCAUGCUUUUCACACUUCGCGAACCACCUCUAACCGAUCUACCUCCGCCCUCAGACUCCUCAACAUCCCAGGACUCCCUCUUUGGGAGACUUCCUCAUCUUCUUCGCAUGUUCUUCCGUCCAUCCAUCCUCCUCCUUUCCCUGGCCGGAGCGAUACGAAACGCAGCCGGCUACGUCUGGUCCUACAGUGCCGAGACAUACUUCGAGAGCACCGGACAAACCCCGGCCCAGAUCGGCACCUACAUGUCGUGGAUACCGAUGGUGUCCGGUUCGGUGGGAGUGCUGGUCGGCGGGUUCGUCUCAGACCGCGUGGUGAGCCGCGUUGGGCCGCACGGUCGCGUCUGGGUCAUCGUGGCCUCGCAGCUGCUGGCGGCGCCGUUCGUGUUCUGCGUGCUGUUCCUGGAGCCACCAUGGGCUUACAUCUGCCUCAUACCUACCUACAUCAUCGGUGAGGUAUGGGUCCCCAUCACGCUCGUCGUUCUGGUGGAGCUGGUCCCGGCCGAGGUCCGCACCUCUGCUGUCGCCCUGUACUUCUUCAUUACGACUAACAUCGGCGGUAACAUGCCGCUACUGCUGAACCCGGUGAAGCAGGCAUUCAAGAACGCCGGAUACACGGAGGUCGAGGCUCUCAGAAAUACUCUGUACCUGUUUUUCCCCGGAGAGUACAUCCUGGGAGCUAUCGUCUACGUCCUGGCGCUACUAGCACUACGGAGAGACCUUCGGAAGGCUCAAACGGAGCAAACUCCCUCCAAACGGUCAUCGCUGGACGGCAAGGGAGAGACAAACCUCGCGUUUGACAGCGCGGAGUGAGUCGUGCUUUCAAACAGCGACUUCCGGGAGGGAGCGAGUAUCGUGAAUUGUGAUGUGACAAUACAAGUUUCCAAUCUGUAAA